GCGAAGUCCUGAUGCCAAGGGGCCAGUCGCGAGGUAAAGGAGGGGUCUCUGAAGUGGGCGUGGCAUCGCUGGAGGCUACUCAGGCGCGGGACUCGUUCUCGAGGCGGGAGCUGAGGUGCGGGGCGGGGCCUCCUGCCCGGCGCCGGCCUGUGGGGAGGCGGGGCGGGGCACAGUCUCUUAACCGUGCAGCCCGCCCCUGACGCCGCCGGUAACUGCGAGAGUCGGGGUCGGUGCGGUUUGCUAAGUGGUCGGUUCCUGGAGCUGCGGUCUUCUGCUAGCCUGAUCCGCAGCUUCAGCCUCCGCCGCCUCCUCAGCCCUCGGCGCCGCCGCUGGCGCCGCCGCCUGACCCGCAGGCCGCCGCGGGCCGCAGAGCCCAUGAGGGCGCGGGCACCGCCGCCGCCUCCGCGGCGUCGCCGUCGUCCCGGAGCGCCCCGAGCUGGCGCGGGCAUGGCCGUGGCAUGAGCGUGGAGCCGCCGCCGGAGCUGGAGGAGAAGGCGGCGUCGGAGCCCGAGGCGGGAGCCAUGCCGGAGAAGCGCGCGGGCGCGCAGGCCGCGGGGAGCACCUGGCUACAAGGCUUUGGCCGACCAAGUGUGUACCAUGCUGCUACUGUCAUCUUCCUUGAAUUCUUUGCGUGGGGCCUGUUGACAACUCCAAUGUUGACUGUUCUACAUGAAACAUUUUCUCAACACACAUUCCUCAUGAAUGGUCUCAUUCAAGGUGUAAAGGGUCUGCUCUCUUUUUUGAGUGCCCCACUCAUUGGUGCCCUGUCUGAUGUGUGGGGGAGGAAGCCCUUUCUCCUCGGCACUGUAUUCUUUACCUGCUUCCCAAUCCCACUGAUGAGGAUCAGCCCAUGGUGGUAUUUUGCGAUGAUUUCUGUGUCUGGAGUCUUCUCGGUCACGUUUUCUGUUAUAUUUGCCUAUGUAGCUGAUGUCACUCAGGAGCACGAGCGAAGUACAGCUUAUGGAUGGGUCUCAGCCACCUUUGCGGCUAGUCUUGUCAGCAGCCCGGCCAUUGGAGCAUAUCUUUCUGCCAGUUACGGAGACAGCCUCGUUGUGCUGGUGGCCACAGUGGUGGCUCUUCUGGACAUCUGCUUCAUCUUAGUGGCUGUUCCAGAAUCUCUGCCUGAGAAAAUGAGACCGGUUUCCUGGGGAGCUCAGAUUUCUUGGAAACAAGCAGACCCUUUUGCGUCGUUGAAGAAAGUUGGAAAAGAUUCUACUGUCUUACUAAUCUGCAUCACCGUGUUUCUUUCAUACCUUCCUGAAGCUGGACAGUAUUCAAGUUUUUUUCUCUAUCUCAGGCAGGUCAUAGGUUUUGGAUCUGUUAAAAUUGCAGCAUUCAUAGCUAUGGUAGGAAUUCUGUCUAUUGUGGCUCAGACGGCCUUUCUUAGCAUCUUGAUGAGAUCAUUAGGAAAUAAGAAUACUGUCCUCCUUGGCUUGGGCUUCCAGAUGCUCCAGUUAGCCUGGUACGGUUUUGGAUCACAGGCCUGGAUGAUGUGGGCAGCAGGGACCGUGGCCGCCAUGUCCAGCAUCACGUUUCCAGCAAUCAGUGCCCUCGUCUCUCGGAAUGCAGAGUCAGAUCAGCAAGGAGUUGCCCAGGGGAUCAUAACUGGAAUAAGAGGACUAUGCAAUGGCCUGGGGCCAGCACUGUAUGGCUUCAUAUUCUACAUGUUCCAUGUGGAACUGACUGAGUUGGGCCCGAAAUUGAAUUCUAACAACGUUCCCCUGCAGGGAGCUGUCAUCCCAGGCCCGCCGUUUUUAUUUGGGGCAUGUAUAGUCCUUAUGUCUUUUCUGGUUGCCUUAUUCAUUCCCGAAUACAGUAAAGCCAGUGGAGUUCAAAAACACAAUAACAGCAGCAGCGGCAGCCUGACCAACACCCCAGAACGGGGCAGUGAUGAGGACAUUGAGCCACUACUGCAAGACAGCAGCAUCUGGGAGCUCUCUUCAUUUGAGGAGCCUGGGAAUCAGUGCACUGAGCUGUAAACUCGGCAGAAAGUGGGAUUCUGCAUACGCCAUCUCUGAGAGCCAUGGAGGGAGCCACACCCCUGGUGACUUCAUGGUGCUGGAUGGGAGACGCUAGCGGCAUCCUUCAGGGCCAAGUUUGAUAAAUACCACCGCCAUCAUUCUGCUCUUCCUCCUCCUGUUUUUUUUUUUCUCUUACAUUCUUUUUUUUUUUUUCCUGUUUAUACAUUAGAACAAGAUAAGAUUUGAAAUACUUCCUUGCAAAUAAUGUGCAACUCCCAAGGUGAAACUCAAAUAGAAAAAGUCAUCUCUCUGGUAGAAAGGAUGGCUUUCCUGUAAUGACUAUAGAGUAAGAGUGGCAGCAAUCUUUCCAUGCCCUUUUCAGCAGAAGGCACAGAACAGUAGCGGGACUGCCAUCUCUGGCAAGAUUUCAGGUAAAGAAUCUCUUCUUAAUUUCUACCUUCCUGUUUCUCUGAAUCAGCCCAUAGGUGUUGAUGAGUGGCCACUCUUAAAGAGUCACUCAGUAUCAGGGAUCUACUGUCUUUGUUCAAAGGUCAAAUAAAAACCUAGUCUCCUUUUAUUCUACUUUCUAUUCUUAGCUAGAAUGAAACUCAGCAUAUAUACACUUCUGGACAUAAAUAAUAUUGAAUAGUAAUUACCUUUACUAGAUGAAAGAAAUUUUUAUUACAAACUUAAAUCAUGUAAAACUCACAACUCAGAUUCCUGGACCUGGUGUCCUGGUUGGGUCCAAGGUGAUUUUACAGAAGAAAAAAACAACUCAAGCAUUCUGGUGGCAACAUAGAGAUUGUAGGCUGCUUCUAAGAAAGUUAUUAACAAUUUGGAAAUUCCUAAGUAGGAUGAGAGUUAGUAACUGGAUACGAGUGAAGUUUAUAUCCAAGUUCAGACUCAAAGGCAUUAUUAUGAUUUGCUUCUUCCCAUGUCUUCCAUGUCCUGCUUCUCAAAAGUUUUUCUCAUCCAUCACACUCCUGCCUUAACUGCUCUGAGUAUGCAUUUGUUUUCAAUUCAUCUUUAUUUCAAUCUGUUUAACUUUUGAAUCGCAUGGGAAUACGCACAUUAAGUUCCUUUCUAAAAUAAGGUUUUAUGAAGCUGAGUUUCACGAUAAGUGUCUUGCUAUUUUUUGAGAUGUUUUAUGGACAAAGAAAACUUUACAGAUUUAUAUGUAUUUUGCUGCACCAGUAAAUGGACCAUUAACUAGGGCCCACCUUUAACAGAGCACCCCUUUGAAAGUUUUAUAGGUAUGAAAUAUAUGUAGAUAUUUGUAAAGGGUUUUAAUUUUUUUUUUUGAUGGGGUGCUGUGUAAAUCUUGUAUUUAUAAAUGUAAUGAAGGUAUUGACAGAAAAAAUAUAUACAACUUUUAUAAAGGAUUGUGUACUGACUGAAUACAUUUAAAAGAAAAUAUAUUUUGAAACCUGUUCUGCUAUGAACAGAGAUAACAUAUCUUUUUACUAUGCUAUUGGUUUUUAGGUUAAGCUUCCUAAUGCAUAAUAAAUUUACAGUGGUUACUUUUA